GCCAAACAUCCCCGCCGUCCCCUUCCCUCGCGCUCUAGGGUUUUUCAUCGCUCUCCCGUCCCCCGCACCUCCGCGUUGUGCCGCGGCGCUCCGACCAUGGCGUGGGGGGAGGACGAGGCCAUCGGCCCCGACGUGGCCUCGGCGGGGCUUCACGUCUCGGAGCGGAUCGGCCGCGACGCCGCCGCACAGCCUGACCUGGAGGAGGCCCUCGAGGCCUCGCGCUACGCGUCCCACCCCUACUCCUCGCACCCCAAGGAGUGGCCUCCUUUGGUGGAAGUUGCUGAAACUCGUCAACUCCCUCCUAUGUUGAUUGAAAGAUACAAUGCAGCAGCUGGUGAAGGAACAGCCCUUUGUGGGAUCUUUUCUGACAUACACCGGGCCUGGGCAACGGUUGACAAUUCAUUUUUCAUCUGGCGUUUUGAUAAAUGGGAUGGGCAGUGUCAAGAGCAUAAUGUGGAUGAGCAAGCAAUUUGUGCUGUUGGCCUUGCUAAGGCGAAGCCUGGGAUUUUCAUCGAAGCCAUUCAAUACCUUUUAGUUUUAGCAACUCCUGUUGAGCUGGUACUUGUUGGAGUUUGUUGUUCUGCUAGUGCUGAUGGAACAGAUCCGUAUGCUGAGCUUUCAUUAAAACCUUUACCUGAGUACAUGAUUGCCACUGAUGGUGUCACAAUGACAUGCAUCACAUGUACGGAUAAGGGCCAAAUUUUCCUAGCUGGACGUGAUGGGCAUAUAUAUGAAUUGCAGUAUACAACUGGUUCAGGCUGGCGUAAACGCUGCCGUAAAGUUUGUCUUACUACUGGCAUUGGCAGCCUUCUUUCCAGGUGGGUCCUGCCAAAUGCAUUCAAAUUCUCAACAGUUGAUCCUAUUGUUGAUAUGGUCAUCGAUGACGAGAGGAACACUAUCUAUGCUCGCACCGAAGGCAUGAAAUUGCAGUUAUUUGAUUUAGGAGCUAAUGGUGAUGGACCUUUGACAAAAGUCACUGAAGAAAAGAACAUUGUUGAUCCACGAGAUGCUCCUUAUGGUGGUCGAAGGCCUAAUGCACAAAGAUCUGCACGAUCACCAAAACCAUCAAUUGUUUGCAUCUCACCUCUAUCGGCUAUGGAAUCGAAAUGGCUUCAUGCUGUUGCUGUUUUAUCAGAUGGGAAGAGAUUAUUCCUUACUACAUCAAGUGGAAGUGGCUCUUCAGUUGGAUUGAACAGUAGUUUACAGAGGCCGACCUGUUUAAAAAUUGUUGCUACUAGGCCGUCCCCACCCCUGGGGGUUGGUGGUGGGCUUACAUUUGGUGCUGUUUCUGCGGCUGGCAGAGCUCAUCCUGAGGAUCUAGCUUUAAAAGUUGAGUCUGCAUUCUAUUCUGCUGGUGCUCUUAUAAUGUCAGAUUCAUCCGCUACAGCCAUGUCAUCUCUUCUGGCUGUGCAGAAAGAUUCAGCUGCACAGCUAUCCCUUCCAAGUACCUUUGGAACGGCUUCUAGAAGCUCCCGAGCUCUAAGAGAAACAGUCUCUGCUUUGCCUGUUGAGGGUCGAAUGCUUUGUGCCUCUGAUGUCCUCCCACUUCCAGAUGCUGCUUUCACGAUGCAGUCUUUAUACGCUGAUGUGGAAUGUUUCACAGGUUUCAGAAAACCUUCCGAGAAGGCAUCUAUAAAACUGUGGGCGAAAGGAGAUCUUCCUACCCAGCAUAUCUUACCUCGGAGGAGGGUUGUUGUAUUCAAUACUAUGGGUUUGAUGGAGGUAAUUUUUAACAGGCCUGUUGAUAUUCUAAGAAAAUUGUUUGAUGGGAACACCUUGAGAUCACAAAUUGAAGAAUUCUUUAACCGCUUCGGUGCUGGAGAGGCUGCAGCGAUGUGCUUAAUGCUAGCUGCUAAGCUACUUUGUGCUGAAGAUAGUCUGAUAAGCAAUGCUGUUUCUGAGAAAGCUGCUGAGGCAUUUGAGGACCCUGGACUUGUUGGGAUGCCUCAAAUUGAUGGCACCACUGCUUUAUCUAAUACACGGACUCAGGCUGGAGGCUUUAGUAUGGGUCAAGUUGUUCAAGAAGCAGAGCCUUUGUUUUCUGGUGCAUAUGAAGGGCUCUGUUUGUGCUCUUCAAGACUACUAUAUCCCAUAUGGGAGCUUCCUACUAUGGUGAUUCGAGGGCCUGGGGGUACAAAGGACCAUGAGGAUGGCAUAGUUGUUUGCAGGCUGUCAGCUGGGGCCAUGAAAAUUCUUGAGAGUAAGAUUCGUUCACUGGAAACAUUUUUAAGAUCUAGAAGAAACAAGAGAAGAGGCCUGUAUGGUUAUGUUGCUGGCCUGGGUGAUUCUGGUUCAAUACUCUACAAAACAGGGCCUAUUAUUGGUUCUGGGGGAAGUGUCAACGGAAGGAGUCCGUACAACUCCCAGAUUCGAGAUAUUAACCCCACAGAUCAAUCUGCAUCAAGUAAAAAGCCAAGGUUGCUAUAUACAUCAGCAGAACUAACUGCUAUGGAGGUGAGGGCAAUGGAGUGUCUUAGGCGGUUGCUUAGGAGAUCUGGGGAAGCGCUCUUUUUGCUUCAACUUAUUUGCCAGCAUAAUGUUGCCCGCUUGGCUCAGACACUGGGCAAUGAUUUACGCAAGAAAUUAGUUCAACUAACGUUUCAUCAAUUGGUAUGUUCAGAGGAUGGCGAUCAGCUUGCGAUGCGGCUUAUUUCUGCACUCAUGGAGUACUAUAUUGGCCCAGAGGGCAGAGGAACUGUUGAGGAAAUCAGUACUAAAUUGAGAGAGGGUUGCCCUAGUUACUUCAAUGAGUCAGACUACAAAUAUUACUUGGCAGUGGAAUGCCUUGAGAGAGCAUCUAUGACUAAUAACCCUGAGGAAAGAGAUAUUCUUGCUAAAGAUGCUUUCAACCUCUUAACUAAGAUUCCAGACUCUGCUGACUUGAGUGCCAUAUGCAAGAGAUUUGAGAACCUAAGAUUUUAUGAGGCCGUAGUCCGGUUGCCUCUGCAGAAAGCGCAAGCACUUGACUCCAAUGCCGAUGUUAUCAAUGGUCAAAUUGAUCCAAGGCACCAUGAUAUAAUAAUGUUGCAGCGUGAACAGUGCUAUGAGAUAGUUAUGAAUGCUCUACGCACCCUCAAGGGUGUUGGGCAAAGUGGAAUGCAAGGUGCAGAUAAGUCAUCUGGUUUAGCAACUGCUGUUGAUCCAGCUUCUCGAAGCAAGUAUAUCAAACAGAUCAUCCAACUUAGUGUCCAAUGGCCGGAUACAGUUUUCCAUGAGCAUCUAUACAGGACACUGAUUGAGCUCGGUCUAGAAAAUGAGCUUUUGGAGUAUGGUGGUUCUGAUUUGGUUUCGUUUCUGCAGAGUGCUGGUCGUAAGCAUCAAGAAGAGGUCCGGGCGGUUUCUUCACUUACAUCAGGAGCUGCUAAGUUGCGAGAUUUAGGUGCACCUAUCUCAACUAGUCAAACAAAGUAUCUCGAGCUCCUAGCAAGGUACUAUGUUCUUAAGGGGGAGCAUAUUGCUGCGGCCAGGAUGUUGUUAAUAUUGGCAGAGAGACAGUGCUCCAAUUCUGAAGAAGCCCCAACUCUUGAAAAAAGGUAUGAAUAUCUCAGAAAUGCAGUGCUUCAGGCCAAAAGUGCAAGCAUCGCUGCUGAUUCAUCUAGAAAUUCUAUUGAUAGUAGUACGGUGGAUUUGCUUGAAGGCAAACUUGCAGUGCUUCGCUUCCAAAUGCAAAUCAAACAUGAACUGGAGCUCAUGGCAGCGCGGGUUGAAAAUAUUCCAAGCAGUUCUGAAUCACCAAGUGAUCCGUUCCCUCGUGACAACAUUCUUGCUGAUGCAGAGACUGCUAAAGCUGCUAAGGAUAAGGCGAAAGAGGUUUCAUUGAAUCUCAAGAGUAUCACUCAACUAUAUAAUGACUAUGCUGUUCCAUUUAAUCUCUGGGAGGUUUGCCUUGAAAUGCUGAGCUUUGCUAAUUACUCUGGAGAUGCUGAUAGCAAAAUUGUUCGAGAAAUUUGGGCUAGACUCCUUGACCAGGCACUUACAAGAGGUGGUGUUGCAGAAGCAUGUUCUGUGGUGAAAAGAGUAGGCUCGAAACUUGAUCCUGCAGAUGGAGCUUGUUUACCUUUGGAUAUAAUAUGCCUUCACCUUGAGAAGGCUGCAUUGGAUAGAUUAAGUUCAGGAGAAGAAUUGGUUGGUGAUGAUGAUGUUGCAAGAGCUCUUCUUGGUGCCUGUAAAGGUCUUCCUGAACCAGUGCUUGCCGUGUAUGAUCAACUGUUAUCAAAUGGCGCAAUCAUGCCUUCACUAAAUCUAAAGUUGCGCCUUUUGAGAUCAGUUCUUGCAAUCCUUCGUGAGUGGGGGAUGUCUGUCAUUGCACAUAGACUAGGCACCACAAGUGCUGGGGCUUCAUUCUUUUUAGAUGGAACAUUUUCGCUGAACCAAACAGGAACUGCAAAUCAAGGUGCUCGAGAUAAAAUAAUUAGUUUGGCAAACAGGUAUAUGACUGAGGUCAGGCGAUUAAACCUUCCGCAGAACCAAACGGAGAAUGUCUACCGUGGUUUCCGUGAACUUGAGGAGAAAUUACUCUCUCCUUAUUAGCCAUUUUUCAAUUGUAUCCUCAGCAUUGUAAAGUAUGGGUCCUGCAUCUGUUGAUGUAUCAAGCAGAGAAAGAGCCAAAGGCCUCCAGAUUCACCUGGGCUUGAUCUCUAUUGUUCCUGUCUUACACUUGCAUGUCUGCAAGAACCCGAGGCUGCACCGACCAUCAAUCAGGGUUUAUACAUGAGCGGCCUUCUUUUAUUUGAUUUUGAGUCGGUGCAAGUUAAGGAGCUGCUGUGUGUUAAGUUGUUUCAGAGCUCAGUGUUGAUUACUUGCUACUUCUGCGGGCAGACGCUGCUCCUCUGGUUUUACCUGAAGUGGGAAAACAGCUGGAAAACUCAGGCUGUUGAAUACUUGUCUGUUUUCAUAUAGGAAAUUGAAAUUUAGUAUGUACCAUGAGAUUGUACAGUUCGGUAGUAGAUUAUUCUUUCAGGGCUGUAAGCUCUGUAGCUCCAUGUGUUUGUUGGGAUCGAGGUAUUAUGUCAGUAGCUGGAAAGGUGAUCGUUCUAUCGGAAAUGCUGAAUUUUAAGGCCCUUUUAGUUGCACCGGUUUGGUUUUCGUUUUA